UCUGGAUCCCCGAAGAAAAACCUACACCGCUAUUUAUUACCUCUCUCUCUUACUCUAGAGAUAUCAAAUCCACUCUUGCGUUGUCUCAACGCCGUAAAAUAAACCCUAUUUUUUCUGAAUCUGUUUGAAAAUCCCCAAUUUCAAACCCUAAAUUUGAAAACUUAAUUCCUUCUCCUCACAAUCACAAGAAAGAAACAAUGGCGAGAAAAGCUAAGGCUGGAACUAAGAGAAAGGCGAACCAGAAAGAAGUUGAAAAAGAAAUCCCUAAACAAGUUGAACAAGAAGAAGCUGCAGAGGAGCAAGAAAUUCCUAAAGAAGUUGAAGAGGACAAAGAGAAAGAAGAAGUUCCUGAAGAAGAACAGCCAAAGAAUAAGAAACAGAAGAAAGAUGAGGUUGUUGAGAAGAAAAAACAACCAGCUAAAGGUAAAGGUAAAGCUGUUGCUACAAGAUCAACAGCAGCGACUACAAAAAAGGAAAGGAAACCCAGGGUUACUAAGCCUAAACCCAAAGAAGAACCUGAAUACUUUGAGGAUAAGCGGAAUAUGGAGGAUCUAUGGACCACUGCAUUUCCAGUGGGCACUGAGUGGGAUCAGAUCGAAACUCUUUAUGGCUUUAAAUGGAGUUUCUCAAAUCUGGAAAAUGCUUUUGAAGAGGGUGGACUACUGUAUGGAAAGAGAGUCUAUAUAUUUGGCUGUACAGAACCUCAAUUGCUCUCCGUGAAUGGCGAGGGAAAACUAGUUUGUAUACCUGUCAUUGUUGCUAUUGUUAAUGAUUUCCCUCCUUCUGAUAAGAUCGGUAUCAACUCGGUUCAACGGGAGGCAGAAGAAAUUAUCCCUAUGAAACAAAUGAAAAUGGAUUGGGUUCCUUACAUCCCAUUAGAAAAAAGGGGUAAUCAAGUUGAGAGAUUGAAAUCUGAUAUUUUUAUCUGGAGCUGUACACAGAGAAGAGCUUCUCUGAGAUCCCUGAAAGAGGAUCAUUUGAAGAAGUUUGAAUACUGUCUACCUUAUUUUUAUAAUCCAUUCAGGGAGGAAGAAAUCGACCAGAGCACUGUUGUUGACAUAAUGUUUCCAAUAGAACCACCAGUUGUAUGUGAUUUUGAUUGGGAACUUGAUGACCUUGAGGAGUUCGUUGAUGAGAAAGUUACAGAUGAGGUAGUAACAGAAGAUCAAAAAGAUGCGUUUAAGGAAUUUAUCAGGGAGAAGGUUAAAGAAGCAAAGAAAGCGAACCGAGAGGCUAGAGAGGCACGAAAUAAAGCAAAAGAAGAAACAAGUGAAGAGACCAAGAGAGCUUUUGAGAGCAUGAGGUUUUACAAAUUUUAUCCAGUAAAAACUCCAGAUACUCCAGAUGUGUCAGAAGUCAAGGCUCCCUUCAUAAAUAGGUAUUACGGGAAGGCACACGAGGUUCUUUAGAGUGCUGCAGAAAGGACAUCAUCAUAUUGUCUUUACAUUAUUCUGGUAGACUUAAAAAUAUGCAAGAAAUUUCAGUGAAGAGUUGUCAGGAGCUGAAAUGUCUUUUGUUGGUUCAGAAAUGCAUGGGACUAGUUGUGAAAUUCCAUCCUCUGCAACUCUUUAUUGCGGAAUUAGCCAAAGCUUCGACUGAAAACCCUAGGAAACUUCAGGGAGUAGGUUAUUCUUUACCCAUCAGAUCAAGAUAUGUAGGAGAAAAUAUAGAGACAGCUUGUAAUAUUUUCGGAAAUUGACAGGGGGGUCUUUCCCCUGCUGUAUCUACAGCAAUUUUGUAAUACUUUGAAUCUUUGAUACUCUGAAUGUUACAUGAGCAGAAUCGUAUUUGUAUGCUUUUGUCACAACUUUUCUAGCCAGUUCGCUGAGGGGAAUAACGAAUGAAAUUCUCUUUUAGUUCUUUCA